UGACACAUGCACCCACCUACACCCUCUCCUCCUUCUCCCGCUGUCCGGCGCCUGCGUCUCCAACCUCCCAACACAACGCCAUUUGAAAGAUCGCACCUCGUUCUCGUCGCCCGUCGGCGGAUUCUCCCACGUCCCUCUCCUUCAUAAACCCUAUAUCCCACCCAUUCUCUCUGAAUUUUCUCUCUUCGUAGAAAUGGCCUUGGCUACGCCCUCUAACACUCUCCUCCACACCCAUUUUCUCCCGAGCAAGCACUCUGCUGUUCCAUAUCUCUCUUCUACGGUGCCCUCUUCGCUUUCCCCCUCUAAUCGCCGUCCCCUUGUCGUCCGGAGCUCCAUAGCCGUCUCGCCGUCGCCGGCCCUGAAGGCCUCCGGAGAGUGUGCCGUGAAGAUGGUCAAGGCGAGGCAGAUCGUCGACAGCCGCGGCAAUCCGACGGUGGAGGUUGAUCUGGUUACUGAUCAGCUUUACCGUUCCGCCGUCCCCAGCGGCGCUUCCACCGGGAUCUACGAGGCCUUGGAGCUUAGAGAUGGCGAUAAGAACGUUUAUGGAGGUAAAGGCGUGCUCAGUGCCGUGAAGAACAUCAAUGAAAUCUUGGCCUCGAAACUUGUCGGUGUUGAUGUCAGAAAUCAAGCUGAAGUUGAUGCCAUAAUGCUGGAUCUUGAUGGAACUCCAAAUAAGUCAAAAUUGGGUGCAAAUGCCAUACUGGGAGUAUCACUUAGUGUGUGUCGAGCUGGUGCAGGAGCAAAGGGAAUACCCUUGUACAAGCACAUUCAAGAAUUAUCAGGAACAAAGGAGCUUGUUAUGCCAGUUCCAGCUUUCAAUGUGAUAAAUGGAGGCAGCCAUGCUGGAAAUAAUCUGGCUAUGCAAGAAUUCAUGAUAUUACCAGUAGGUGCAACCUCAUUUGCAGAGGCACUCCGCAUGGGGAGCGAAGUUUAUCAUACACUAAAGGGAAUAAUCAAGGCAAAAUAUGGACAAGAUGCAUGCAAUGUUGGAGAUGAAGGUGGAUUUGCUCCUUCUGUUCAGGAUAAUAGGGAAGGGCUGAUUUUGCUCAUUGAUGCAAUUGAAAAGGCUGGUUACACGGGGAAGAUAAAGAUAGGGAUGGAUGUUGCAGCAUCAGAGUUUUUCACUAAGGAUGGGAAAUAUGAUCUUAAUUUUAAGAAACAGCCAAAUGAUGGGGCUCAUGUGUGCACAGCUGAGAGCCUCUGCGAACUCUACAAGGAGUUUGUCAAAGAUUUUCCUAUUGUGUCUAUUGAAGAUCCAUUUGACCAAGAUGAUUGGAAGUCUUGGGCUUCACUCCAGUCUUCAGUUGAUAUCCAACUUGUAGGAGAUGACCUGUUGGUUACAAACCCAAAGAGAAUAGCUGAAGCAAUCCAAAAGAAGGCUUGCAAUGGUUUGCUGUUAAAGGUGAACCAGAUCGGCACAGUAACUGAAUCCAUUCAAGCUGCCCUUGACUCCAAAUCUGCAGGAUGGGGAGUGAUGGUCAGCCACCGGAGUGGUGAAACAGAGGAUAACUUUAUUGCUGAUCUUUCUGUUGGUUUGGCAAGUGGACAGAUCAAAACAGGAGCUCCCUGCAGAAGUGAGCGGUUAGCCAAGUAUAAUCAGGUAACAUCUGAAUUUUUUUCUUCAAUUAUCAUGGAUCUUUCCCCUCUCUCGCUUACUCAUGCUCAUAGUGUUUACAACCCUUUGAUGCUGGCGCCUGAUGCAGCGUCAAUGUCUGAAGAGAUUUCUGCCAAACACAAACUAUGCUCAUCUGUUCAUAGGAUUUUGAGCAAAUAUUUGAUUUUUUAGGUCCAUUUUCUUUGCCAAAAAGACAUGACCAAUUAAGCAUGUCUUAUAUUCCAUUCUUUCUUUGUCAUUGCAGCUUCUACGCAUUGAAGAGGAACUUGGAAGUGUGUGCUAUGCUGGCAAAGCAUUCAGAUCGCCAUAGGGGAAAAAAAAAAGAAGAGAAGAGAGAGAACUUGCCCUUUCUUUUUAUUUUUUCUUUUUAAUUUAUAUAAUUAAAAUAAGGUGCUGGAUCAUAUUCAUCAUCAUGAAAGCACUUGGGUGAGUUACAAGAGAAGUUGGGGGGUGCUGGAAUAUGUUGGAGUUUUGGUAAAUCCAAAUGGCUCAAGUGGCAUCCAGAAGCGGCAUUUUGGUUUUAGGGAUUAGAAACCAUAUAUUUUCAUUUAGAAUGUAACAUCUGUAGUCAUUGUUUCACUGAAUAAGGUGGUGAUCUUGGUUUUGUUGUAUUUGCUUGGUAGUGUAUGGAAUAUGGUUGCAGCUUAAAAGCUUGAGUUUGUGAGUUCGUGAGCAUUAUGUUGUACUUUAAUUCAAAAAAAUUGUCAAUCUUCCCAAAA